GAAGCGCACGGUCCAGCCCACCGGUCCCCGUGACAGGAGCGCUGGGUUUUACUGGCCUCACCGGGUUUUACCACACAGGGAGCGGCGGUGCGUGCGUAGUUCAGCCUCCUCACUUAUCUACCCCGGACAUCAACCCCGGCGGUCAACCGAAUUGCCCCCAUGGGCCCGAACCCAGGGGUGGUUUGAGGUGACGAGCCGCAAAGCAGCGCGAGUCGGGCGUUGGUUGGUGGCGCGCGCGUGCGGAGAAGAUGGGCACCGUGCUCUCCAUAUCUCCGACCUCCAGGAAGGGGGUCGCCGCGGAGGACAAGGGCGAUGGCGGACAGUCGGCCGGCGGCAGGGCGGAGAAGAGCCUGAAGCGCCACUCGGUGCUCAUCUCGGCUCUCACGUGGAAGCGCUUGGUCGCCGCUUCGGCCAAGAAGAAGAGCGCCAAGAAGGUGAACCCGAACCCCCCGGGCUCCCAGACCAAGGGCAGCUGCAACAAGAGCAGCAACCCCGUGGAGCAGCUGAACCACGAGAACCUGAAGAAGUCCCAGCAGAGCGCACCGGACCGCAGAGGGGCGCACUGGGAGCAGAAGCCGGGGCUGCUCGCCGUGCCCGUGCCCACGGUCCCGAACCAGAACCCGAAGAGCGCCCAGAACCAGAGCAGCCCGCAGAACCAGAAGCAGCUCAGAUCGGUGCAGAAGCAGAAGCAGCCGAGCGGACGGGCUCUGGUGUCUCCCCGACGCGUCGUGGUCCAGGCGUCCACGGGGGAGCUGCUGCGCUGCCUCGGCAGCUUCAUGUGUAGGAGGUGCUUCAGGCUGAAGGAACUGAGCCCCAACGAGAUCAUCCUGUGGUUCCGCAACGUGGACCGCUCGCUGCUCAUCCAGGGCUGGCAGGACCAGGGCUUCAUCACCCCGGCCAACCUGGUGUUCGUGUACCUGCUGUGCAGAGAGGCGGUGGGCGAGCACAUCGCCGGCGAGUUCGAGCUCCAGGCCACCUUCCUGACCUGCCUCUACCUGGCCUACUCCUACAUGGGCAACGAGAUCUCGUACCCGCUCAAGCCCUUCCUCGUGGAGACCAACAAGGAGGCGUUCUGGGAGAGGUCUCUGCGCAUCAUCGACAAGAUGAGCGCCGACAUGCUGCGGAUCAACUCGGACCCGCAUUUCUUCACCGAGGUCUUCCAGGACCUCAAGAACGAGGGGGAGUCCGCGGACGCGAGCGGCACGUGCGCCGGUGACCUGGACCGCUAGGACGGAAAGGCGGAUGCGCAAACAUACACAAACGCACGCGUGCUGUCAGGGGGGCGCGAGAGCUUUGGGUCCAGAGGCUCAGCCAGGGAAGGACAACCUCCAGCGCAGCCCGUGGGACGGAACGUGACUUUGGGUAUCCGUGUUUUUUUUUUCCCCUCUCUCUCUCCUUUUCUGAUAAGAAAUGUUUCGUGUUGUGAAAACGGUUUCGAACAUGUCCUCGUGCCGCUGCUGGAGAUACCCCCCCCCCCCCCCACAUCACCACCGCGGUUAGGGGGUGCACUUCAGACACACGCAUGCAUAUGUGCGGCACCCCGCUCGCAACCCUUCCGCCGUGGCGCUGUACCUAUUAAAAUGGCCUCAGGUGGGGCCGUCGCGGUGGAAUGUCGGCCAGCGCCGUCCUUUAUUUUUGCCCAAUUAAUUGCAACCUCGUUCCGGUCUCGUGGGGCGCGGGCGCGGACGCGAGCGGGGGUGGGUGGGUGGGGGAGGGGGCGGCGGAGCGUUGCGCUGCUGUGGUGCGUCGCCGCUCUCCAGGGUGCUGACCGUUAAACGGGCAGGGCGCGCAAACGCUCGGCGCUGCCACCCGCUUGACCCUUGAAUGUACAGUAGAACCCACAAGCAACUGCUUCAUCGCCGUCCUACGUGCCAACUGUUAGAGUCCAAAAUAUUUUAUUUUAAUGUAUUUCUACAGUGGAGUCGCAACUUGCGCGUAAAGCCAAAAGCGCGUAUAGUCGGUCCACCAUGUGAACCUUACGGUGCCAUAACAAUGCACAUAGUAAUGCACAUGUUUUUGAAAAAAAAAAAAAACUCUCUUGCAGUUUAUAAAAAAUACGAAGUUAAACAUUAACAAUAUGCACUAAGAAAGUGAGAUCCCGGGGGGUCUGAGGGUAUCACGAGUCACCCGGGGCACGCGGUGUGUUCGGAAACCUCGUUCAAGCGCGUAAAUGCGCAUAAGAUGCGACUGCACUGUAUAUUUAAAACACAUCAAUGCCAACGCUGUCUUGGUUCUUGCGACUUUAUUGAAUUUGUUUUUUUUUUUUUUUAAUGUUUUUAUUUUAUUUAUUUUUUAUAUACAGUAUAUCAGACACGAGAACCAAUGCAACUGGUUUUGGUGAAUGUAAGUGAUGCGGUUAUCGACGUGAAUGUGCACUAGUUCCAGGACAAAACUGCAGUUCUCCCUACAAGCUACUAUAUGAUCACAUAUUUUUAAGGCUAUAGUUCGCAAAUGUCAGCCUGUAUAUG